AUUGGUGAGCGUGCGAUGCGCCAGUUGGCAGUAUAUUCUGCCAUUGGCAAUAAGAUGACGGGUUCCAUUAACAACGAGGUGCACACGGUAAACUUUUUGCUGCGUGAAGUUCAGAAAAUUGUGGACGAGGCACGCACUGAUCUCUAUGACAUCCAAGCCGAAGUGCAGUAUUCAUCGGGCGCCUUCUUCUUAUGGAGCAUGGCCAUGAGUUAUGAUAACGUUUCCAAUGUGGUGGUCAAAAUUGCGUCUAAAAACAGCACAAGUGUAAAUUAUUUGUUGCUGAACUCCCAUUAUGAUUCAGAGGUAAAGUCGCCAGGAGCAGCCGAUGAUGGUGUUAUGACAGUCAUAAUGCUGGAAACUCUGCGCGUUAUUUCCCGCUCGGAACGACCAUUGGCCAAUCCAGUUGUGUUUCUCUUUAAUGGAGCCGAGGAGGCCAAUAUGCUGGCAUCACAUGGGUUCAUCACACAGCACAGAUGGGCACCCAAUUGCAAGGCCCUAAUUAAUCUGGAUUCAACUGGGUCGGGCGGACGCGAGGUGCUCUUUCAAACCGGCCCAAAUCAUCCGUGGCUAGUGAAGUACUACCAGCAAAGCGCUCCGCAUCCAUUCUCCUCCACCGUAGCCGAGGAGCUCUUCCAGAAUAACUUCAUCCCAUCGGACACAGAUUUUCGCGUUUUUCGCGAUUAUGGCAGCGUUCCCGGGCUGGACAUGGCCCAUGUCCUCAACGGCUAUGUGUACCACACCAAGUACGAUAAUUUCCAAAACUUGGAACGCGGUACUUACCAGACUACGGGUGACAAUGUCCUUGCUGUGACCUGGGCCCUAUCCAAUGCACCUGAGCUACAAGACACAGCUGCUUAUGAAGAGGGCCACAGUAUUUUUUAUGACUAUCUCGGAUGGUUCAUGAUCUCCUAUACUGAGUCAACAAGUAUCAUCAUCAAUAUUGUAGUGUCGAUUGCCGCACUCGUCUUUAUAAUCAUAUCCAUAUAUCAAAUGACCACAAGUACCAGGUCAGAUACCCCAAAAGUGGUGGCCAUCCGAUUUUCCAUCAUCUUUAUUGUGCAGGUCUUGGCAAUUGUCGUAUCGGCUUGUUGCACUAUACUGGUGGCACUCAUAAUGCAGGGCCUUGGUCUUACCCAAUCCUGGUACUACAAGACUUGGAUGACCUUUGGCUUAUACUUUUGCCCCAUGUUUUGUGUGAUGGGCCUGAUUCCUGCCGCCUACAUAGGCUGGACGAAACAGAGAACCAACAUGAAGCUGAAUGAAACAAUUUCCUGCUUUAUGCACGCCCACUGCAUAGUUCUUGUGCUCGUCUGCAUUGUUUUGACCAGUCUAGGUAUACGUUCGGCCUUCUUUCCCAUGCUUGGAAUAUUUUUUUACACCAUCUCACUCAUCCUAGAAGAAAUCUUUAGGCUGCUGGCCAAAAACUCUUUCUUUAUAACAAUUCACCUGAUUUGUCAGCUGUUGCCGUUUUGGUUCUACACUUAUCUCAACUAUGUGUUUCUGGUAGUAUUCAUACCUAUGCAAGGUCGCGAUGGACCCGAUAGCUCACCGGAUUUACUUAUCUCUGGCUUCAUUGUAUUAAUGACAAUUCAUUUUGCAGGCUUUAUACUACCAAUCUUGCAUAAGUUUCACAAGUCGAAAAUAUUCUUCACACUUUUUGGAGUUUUAACUGUAAUUUUCAUAAUAAUUGCCGCCACACCGGCAGGCUUUCCCUUCAAGGCGGAGGUUGCAGCGCAGCGAUAUUAUGUGCUACAUACACAAAGGACACUUCAUUAUGAGAACAGCACGACUAAGACAGAAUCCGGCUUUUAUAUACAACCCGUGGACACACGUUACUCCGAGCUCUAUGAUACAACAUUCAAGAAUGCUGAACCUGAUAGUUGGACAACCGAAAACUGCGCGGCUGAGCCUUACUGUGGCCUUCCGCUCUACAGUGGUCGUUGGCUGGACUGGAAAGACUCGGCACGAUGGAUCCAUGCCUCGCCCCCGGACUUCCCCGUGAAAACGGAGCUUACUCCUGGCAUCAAACAGAGCAUAGGAGACAACAAAAUACGCUACGAGUUCAGCCUGAAAUCAGUCGACCGCGUUGUUAUGUAUAUUCUGCCUCUUGAAGAAACCAAAAUAAUCAACUGGUCCUUCGACAAAACGCAGCUAGAGGAGGCGCAUAAGCCACCGUACUUUAUAUAUCAUGUCUACUCGCUGGUGGAACAUCCACUCGACUUCUGGAUCGAAUUGGAGCACGAGGCGGGCAAUACGGCAGGACCGCAUUUUAAACUAGCCGUGGGUGCACAUUUCCUGUACCAUCAGCAAAGCUACACCGAGGAGUACCGCGAAUUUCUGAACAGCUUUCCGAAAUGGGCAUAUACGACGGACUGGUUUGCCUCUUACGAGAGUUGGAUCUUCUGA